AUGGCGAUGAACCCCGAACGGGCGAAAAUGCUCAGAGAUGCUUCCGCCAAAGAAGACGAGCUUCCAAAACCGCCACGAGUCAAGUGCAUUCGCAUCACUGGUUCUAAUAUUGUAGCACUGAAAGAUACAGAUGCUGCCAGUCCCACUUCGGAUCGUCCCGAUGCUACAUUACGGAAACGAUCCCGCGACUUUUUCGAGCAAGAACACCUGGGAGACAUUGCAUUUGAUGACCGGCUCCGUCGACAACACGCUCCCCAUCUCCCCCUCCCGCCUCCCCCUAGCCAUCACACGACAUAUCUUACAAGCCUACUUCAAAGCUGGCUGUUGCGGCUGACCUUGGAGCCAAAGCCGACCAAAAAGUCCGUUCCUGCAGUGUCAACACACAUGGGCCAAAUCACAAGCGUCGGGCUGCUUGUAAACGAACUAAUGCGCCGAAUGGGAUUUCCAGUGUUGCGGCUGCCCACCUUGAACCAAGUCAGCCAGCUUGUCCCUGCACGUGAAUACUCCUUGGACCGCGUGGCAUAUGGCUCACUGCUGGAAGAUGUUCGAAAAUUCGUCACACAAUUACGGAAGACUCCACGACAGAAUGCGCAGCUGGGGUCUAUUGCCUCUGGAAAAUGUUCCCUCAUGCUGGACAAGCACCAAAACAACACCCACUGGGCUGUGCGGCAAAGCCCUACUCACAGCAUGUUUAUAGCAUUUCUUAUGUCGUCCUUUUACGGCACAGUUCCCGGUCCUGUUGGUGCUACACUUGCUGAGCAACUCAAGCGUGAAUCUCCGCUUGUGAUGUCGCACGGCGACAUUUGUCCCAAGAAUAUAAUAGUUGACAAGUUCCAAAUCAUUGCCAUUAUGGGCUGGGACUGUGCAGGCUGGUAUCCUGACUGGUGGGAAUAUGUCAAAUUUUUUGAAGCCCGCACCAGUGACAAGAACUCUGACUGGUAUGAGUAUGCAAGCGAAAUAUUUUGUCAAGAAUUCCCUGUCGAGUUGGCAGUAUACCAAGGAGUCGUUCGAUGUCAACUCCCAUAG